AUGUCAAAGCUGGAUCAACUGCCACAAGAGCUGCUCCUCGAUGACUUGUUACCACUUAUUUCCGUCAAAGACUCGCUCAGUCUCUUCCAGACCAACAGAUUCUUUGCAAAGCUCGGCGAUGACGAAGUGUUCUGGAAGCGCAGGCUCAGAGAGGACUUCAACUAUUCAAACGCAUCCAAUGCAAGGUCCAGUGGAUUCAAGUUUCUCUAUAGUCGCCUCAGUGCGCACUCCAAGCUCUUCGUUUGGGGCGGGACGGGAGAAGGCAGAAUGGGAAGAAAAAUUCCAACAACAACAAGAUCUGCGAGCACAAGAGGGAAGCAGCUGUGGCCCUUGGAGCUCAAGCUGCCUGGUACUCGCGUCGUGGAGCUAGCUGCAGGAGGAUGGUCUUUCACUGCCCUCGAUUCCAAAGGAAGGAUUCACGUCUGGGGUCAGCUUGAUGGUGCCUGGGGUCUUCAACGCGAUGGAUUCACGUUCUCCAGCAAACAGGCAUCGACCCCUGCCAUUCUCAAUUUACCAAAGCCCAUUCAGACCCUCAGCUGCGGCCGCAACUUUAUGACCGCAUUAGAUCACGAUGGGGAUGUUUGGUGCUUCAACAGCUGGGGUAUCCCCUUUCAAUACCAACCCAAUGCAUUUGACCAUUCCAUACCUGACCGGAAGAUUAUUCAGGUCGAGUGUGGCUGGUCAUUUGUCUCCGCUCUGACUGAAUCUGGCACCGCAUACGUCUGGAACGUGACUUAUGGAGAGAUAAAAAGACGCUAUGAGCAGAUGGAGGAAGCGUUAGCCAACUCGCCACCCCCAGACGGACAACCAGAUUAUCGUUCUGCACCUCUGGUUGACGGGGUUAUUCAAUGUCAGGUUCAGAGGUUACAAGGUUGUGAACCUCUAGUACUCCCUGAUCUUCCGGAGCUUCCAGUACUCGACCCGGCUAUCACUCAACCUAAACUGAUCAAACUCGGUGCUGGGGACCACUUUGUCGUCGGCCUAACUGAUGCGGGUCACGUACUCAAACUGAACAUAGGCGAUAUCAACGAGCCCGAUGCAAUUUCCACCCUAACCGACUCUUUCAAGAAGGGCCUGAGGGCUUGGGAAUUUUUGCCCAAUUUCUGUCAAACGUCUUCAGUCAAGGCCUUGGACGAAUUCAAAUCUCAGGAGACAAUCCGUGUCCCAGACAGGUUGAAGAUUACUCACAUAUCGGCACACUUCCUCACAUUCGUCGCCUACUCCACAGGGCCUGAUUCCAUCGUCCUCAUGGGGCCAAAUGACGCUACUCCAGAGACCAAACCUAGCGUGAUAUCGACUUUGCAGAACAAAGGUGUUAUUUCCAUAGUUAUAGGCGACUAUCACUUUGGUGCUCUUCUCGAGAACGGCAAGCUUCUCUCCUGGGGGGCAUCCACCGCCACUGGCCUAGGAGAUCCCUAUGAGAUUGAGCCCGGCAAACCAGGAGGCUUUGCAACAUCACAGCACAGGGACAGGAGUCUCGAAGUGUAUCAAAAUCUUCCCAAUAUCGAGGUGCCGACAGAGGUCACGUUCAGUCAUGGCCUCAAGAAGAAGAGGGACCGAUUUGUAUUUGCAGCAGCUGCUGCAGGAUGGCACAUGGGAGCGUUGGUUGUGGAUCUAGACCAGAGCGAUGAAGAAGAGCAAUAA